AUGAACGAGGAACUAUACCAGACCUAUGCUGGAGAGAUCCUCGAGGAGGAGGAUUCAUUUCGCCUCAUUUCUCUACAACCCGGCGGCCACGACGAACCACUGAUCCUACGUCUUAUCAACACUAGACUUCAGGACCCUCAACCAUACGAAGCCGUUUCUUAUGUUUGGGGAGAUGCGUCACGGCCGGUAAUAGUACGAGUUAUCGAUAAGAAUGGUGAAGAAAUCACGAUGGGCGUCACACCCAACUGCUACGCUGCACUCCAGCGAUUGCGAAAGAAGGACGCCGCUCGAACCUUGUGGAUUGAUUCCAUCUGCAUCAACCAGUCGUUGAAUGCGGAAAAGAAUCAUCAGUUGAUCCUCAUGUCACGCAUCUACCAGGAAGCAACUCGAGUUGUUGUCUGUCUUGGCGAGGGCACUAGCGACACAGACGUCGCCAUGAAGUACAUUGGUGAAGUUGACGAUCCUUCCGACUAUGCCAGUGGUGACUGGCACCUACCGUCUGCCAUUUGCGAUAAAUCUUCAUUGGAUGUUUUCUUCGAACGACCUUGGUUUCACCGUGUCUGGGUGUUACAAGAGAUCACAUUUGCAAAACAAGCCAUCGUCGUCUGCGGCAGUCAGGAACUGGACUGGCAGAAUUUCCUGACGUUCUAUCAAUGGAAUAUAAUAAACCGGACUGUUGAUAAGCUUCCAUACUCGGUCCAGAUGCUCAGAGACACAAGACACUGCGGCGCGACUGAUCCGAGGGAUAAGUUGUAUGCCAUUAUUCCUCUUCUGAACCGAGAUCACGACCAAUUGUCUGUGGAGAUAGGCGAGUCGAUGAAGAACUGGGAAUAUGACAAUGAGGAUGAAGUCCAAGACAUGCAGGCACGCCGACAGAGAACUCAGAUUCCAGUCGAUUACGGUCUUUCUGAAAAGGCCGUCUUCACAGACCUUGCUGUGUUACUCUUACAAACCGUCGGUUUGGAUACGCUUAAAAGCGUCAUCAAACAACCGCAAAUAUCUAGCCUUCCCUCUUGGGUCCCCGACUGGAGCACCACCGAUUCGAACUGGUCUUCACAAAACCCGCCAAGGGAGAUGGGCUAUGCUGCUGGGUUUGACGGAAAGCCAGACUACCUUUUUGGUCGAUCAAGAUACAGGCCCGAACGACUCCGGACUUGGACUGUCUCGGAAUAUUCAUCUGCGUCGGGGGAUAUGUCGGCGCAACUUCACCUCGACGUGGUCCAGGUCGGCAAGAUAGAGACGCUUGGCGAUGUCUGUGACAUAGAAAACAAUGUCUUUCCGCUUGCUCAGUGGGAGAGCCUUGUACCAAGCGAGCAAUACCUCAAGAGCAGGCAACCUCCAGCAAACCUCUCACACCAGGAGAUGGUGGAGUGGGACAAUGGGCCCAAAGGACUCUCACCGUUCGUUAGAACAGUUUCUGGAGAAGACGUAGUCUACCCCAGGGUGGUCACCGAGGCCGUCGAAUUCAUCAAGCUAUACGGCGCCGAAAACAUGACCAAAGAGGAAGAGGAAGCGAAAAAGGAUAAUAUCUUUUGGGAAGAAAGUCAUGAGAAGGAUCAACUCCCACUCAAAGAUAUUUUCAAAAAAGGGAACAGCUAUCAAACGCAGGCUAAUUUCAUCCUCCGAAUGUGCGAUGGCAAGCGAUUCUUUGUUACCGAUACUGGGUUCAUUGGACUCGCCCCCGAGCGAGCCCAAGUCGGCGACGUGGUUUAUGUCGUCAAAGGAGCUUCUGUCCCUUUUGUUUUUCGAUCUAUUUCACCAAAAGGGAUAGAUGCGGGCUGUGAAGGUAAAGCGGAGGGGGGGGACAAGUCCCCAUACUUUGAGCUGGUGGGCGAAUCUUUUGCGUUUGGAGUCAUGACGGGUAAUGUUUGGCCUGAUGUGGCAAAGGGUACUGAGAAAGUUGAGAAGAUUAUUGUUCAAUAG